AUGUACAUGAAGUCCAAUGUCAUGAAAAUCCUGUUCAUAACUUUCUGUGUCAGCGGGGUUCUCGCUGUGGAGGCACAGAGUUGCAAAGAUGUUGUUGCGACAAGUGAAGCACAAGGUGUUGUCGUGCAAAGCAAUGUCACCGGCUGUCAGUACCGAGUCACAUCGGAUUCGGGUAAAGCGAUGAAGGUCUACGUUAAUAGCACAAGUGGUACCAAAUGUGUGACGGUUGCCAGUGGAGGCGUAUCGGAAACUCUAUGCCCCCAAGGGACGAAAAAUCAGUUUACAUCUCAAGAACCAAUUGAAGUGAGUGCAGAGUUGGGGACCACAACUACUGCUGCAACCACGACAGAAGCAAGUACAGCGGAAAUAACGACAGUUGCGACAAAACCAGGAGGAGAUUCAACAAAACCUAAUCCAGAUGAAUCGGAGGAAGGUAAACAUGAUGACGGAAAACAACCUCCUGCUGAUGCUGGGAAUGACAACCAUCAACCAGAAAAGCAGGAGCACCCAAAUAAUUCGAACGGAGUGGCGGAAAACCAACUACCCGCUGCUCCGAAGCAAGCAUCACCGGGGAAAAUCGUUCAAGAAGGAGGCGAACCGGGUUCUAGCCAACUACUUCGACGUGCCAGAGAUACCUCGGGUACCGAUGUAACAGUGUACUAUAUUUUGGGUGAGUCUUGCGAAGUUGCUAUGUACAAAACACAAAGUAAAUUGCUAACUAACAAUCUUAGGAUUACAAAGCGCUCAGUGCUACUUUAUUUGUACAAAAUUCUCGAGAUUGAAGCUUCCAUAAAAUAA